GUUUCAUAAUCUGUUGGCUCAAAUCUGCUGCUGCCACACCCUGUGCCUCUCAGGGUCCCUGGGCCCCAUUGCAGUUAUCAUAUGCCUCACCUUUAACCUAAAUGACCCUGGAAAUGGCUGCUGUGGAAGGAUUUACUGAAUGCAAAAUGGAUUUUCUUCCCUGCUCUUUGGGGCAAAGCUGGCUCAGAGAUUCUUAGCUGCAGGGGGAGGGGCUGGCAGGCCUGAACUGCAAUUGGACUUAGCAGCCAGGGGUUUUCUGGUUUUCAUUAAAAUUCUCUGGCUGUCUUUCGGGAUAGCUCCAUCGGAUAUGACUGUGCACUGGAGCCGGUUGUGCUGUUCUCUCAGCUAUACACACCCAUCAAAUCACAGUGCCCCUGAGGACGAGAGAAAAUUGAAGCUGUGUAAAUGAGUAUGGAAGAUUAUGAUUUCCUGUUCAAAAUUGUUUUAAUUGGCAACGCUGGUGUGGGGAAGACGUGCCUCGUCCGAAGAUUCACUCAGGGUCUUUUCCCCCCAGGUCAAGGAGCCACAAUUGGAGUUGAUUUUAUGAUUAAGACAGUGGAGAUUAAUGGUGAAAAAGUAAAGCUACAGAUCUGGGACACAGCAGGUCAAGAGAGAUUUCGGUCCAUUACCCAGAGUUAUUACCGAAGCGCCAAUGCCUUGAUCCUCACCUAUGACAUUACCUGUGAGGAAUCCUUCCGUUGCCUUCCUGAGUGGCUGCGGGAGAUAGAACAAUAUGCCAGCAACAAAGUCAUCACUGUGUUAGUGGGCAACAAGAUUGACCUGGCUGAAAGGAGAGAGGUUUCCCAGCAGCGAGCUGAAGAAUUCUCAGAAGCUCAGGACAUGUAUUAUCUGGAGACCUCAGCCAAGGAAUCUGAUAAUGUGGAGAAACUCUUCCUUGACUUAGCAUGCCGACUCAUCAGUGAAGCCAGACAGAACACACUUGUGAACAAUGUAUCUUCACCCUUACCUGGAGAAGGGAAAAGCAUCAGCUAUUUGACUUGUUGUAAUUUCAACUAAAGGCUGAGGCACGGAGAAGCAAAAGGAAUCAGCAACUGCCCUGAUGGGCCAUGAGAUGCUGGGGAGAUCUGGCGAUGACUGUGGCUCCCGGUCUCGGACCUUCGGACUCCUGUGGGCUCCUGAGCUUACAAAGCAUGGCAGGCCAAGGGCCUCGACCACAGGCCAGCAUUAGCAGAACAUAUAAUGGUUUCACCCUUUUGCAGUCUGGAGUUGGAGCAAGGAGAAAAUUGCACUAGGCACUCCAUGAUCUGCAGAGCAUGUUGCUUUUGUUUUUUUAAAAAGCAAGUAAAAGCGCAUUCCUGAACAGAGUCCAGGGGGAAAUGUACUGUAGGGAUCCCUCCUGCACAUCAGUGGGUGCAUGUGGGAGCUGUUCUUUAGGGCUUCGGUGGUAAUCAUCUUGGGGCCCUGAUUUUCUUGUCUACCAGAUAAACCAAAACUGGGAAGGCCAAGUACAGUCUCUGUGGUGCGUAUUGACGACCCCAUGGAGAUUUUGAAAAGUGUUAUUUCUCUUGUCCACAGGCACUUUCAAGAACUUUGGGAUGUAAAAAUGAAAUGAAACCUUUACCCAUGACCAACAGUAACAAUCAUUGUUUUAAUAAUAUAUACAAACUCCAUGACUCCUUUUGGUGCUAAUGAUUCCGCUAUUUCACAGACCAAACGUUUUAGUACGUUAAUGUCCUUAAAUGUAUUAUAAGGAAAUAAAAAAAAAUUGGGGGAAGUCCAUGAAUCAAUACUCUUUCUCAAAGUCUCAUUACUACCUUUUUAAAGGUGGAUUUUUGGGAAAAGAGAAUAGUUUUCCUUUUAUGUUCUUCUCUGAAUCUCUACCACUUUCUUCUCUUGUGUCUCCGGUCCUUUAUGUAAAUGAAAAAGUUUGCAAAAUGAAAAAAAUAAAUAAAUAAAUGGUUGAUGACAUUCUAAUAUAAAAACUUAGCUCUAAGACAUUUUGAGUAGUAUGAGGAAACAGACCAGAUAUGACCAAAAUACUGUGGAUGAGUGGACUGUAGUGCAGGGCUCCAAGCAGAGCACAGUCCUCGAUAGUAGGUCACGUCUUUUACUUCCUGGUACUCUCCAUCUUGGACAGACCAAGGCUUAGGAUUUUGUAGAUUUUUUAGUAUGGUAAGUGAGAAUAGCAACAGAUGAAAAGUCUCACAACCCGUUUUUAUAUCUUCUGUGAUAACCUUAGAAAAAUUCUGCUUGUGGAAGCAGAUUGAACUGUCAUUUAUCCCCUCCGUCUUGUAAUAAUGUUACCUUCAGACGCUUAACCCUACGUUCUUUCUUUUUUCUUUCUCCUUUCCUCUCUGUUUUUCUGGUCGCUCCUUUUCUUCUUCCCUCCCUCCCUCCUUCCCUCCCAUCCUUAUAUGCAUGUGUUACUGCAAAUCUCCAAUUCAAAUGGAGGUGUAUAUGCCUUUACUUAGCCAAUUUAAAAACAGGACUCAAAAUGGGAGAUGUGCUGCUGAAUAUGUGUUUCUGUUUCUUCAGUGCCAUACUUUGAUAGCUUCCAAUUUGUUCACUGAUAUAAAUGCAAAUUGGGAAAAUAAUUAAACCUGUAUGCUGUUGAUGCUGUCAGAUGUUUCUGUAGCUUGCUGCUUAGCAUAACUGAGGGAGGAGUAAUGGAAUAAGGAUAUGAUGUUUAAUUCCACUGUUGCUGUAGAUGGUGACAAUCUCAGUCCUGAUAUGUUGAUGUUUGAAAGCUAUUUAAUUGUAAAGAAUCGAGUCAUGUAAAGACACGAUGUGGAUAAAGCAUUUCUGGCAUUUCUCUAGCAGAUUCCAGAUUGACCAGUCUCUUGCACAUGAGAUUAUGCAUAUUUUUUAAGGGACUGAUACUUUUGAUUGGCCUCACUGUGUUUUUCCUGAUCCUAUGGGAAAGAGAAAGGGAUCCCAGAAGUUUGACUUGUUUUUCUUUUAGAAUCUGUCUUUGUAGGAAAGAAAAGUCAUUUUAAUAAAAACCAAAAUAAUUUAUAAUAAUUGUUGCCUUUCCCUCCCCAGCCUCUCCACUAAGCCAGCAACUAAAGGUAUUCAGAAAACAAGUUAAUCAAGGAGGGCAGAAGAACUUUUUUUAAACUGUAAGGAAAUGUUCCUAAGUUUAGAUUUAUUACCUGUCAUUUAGGGCAAAAAUCCAGUGUCCCCAGCACAUGACGACCCAACUUUGUCUCACAGUAGCAAGUGUGUUGAAAAUAAAGUUGCUUUGUGAACUUAGAGGAAAUGGCUGUGUUAGAUUGGACUGAUUUAGUUGCAAAAUAACACCUUUUAGGGUCACACUUGUAUUAUUCCCUAGGGUUUAGCCUUCUCUAUAUACCCUUGGCCAGACUCAGAAGGGGAUUAAAAAGCUCUGAUCUUGGCCUCUUUCUUCCUUGUUGCUCCUCCCAGCCUUUCCAUAACUUACCCAUGCACAGCCCAUCAGCAGGAACACAUGAGAAUGUGGGACUUUGUUUCUUUUUUUCUUAGUUGUGUGAAUUCCAGAUUAGACCUUACAGAUGCUUGUCUACUAAUAUAUCUCAAGUUUGAAAACAAUCCCUGACAAUUUUGUAGGUGCAAUAAAUAUUAGUCAAAUAAACAUUUAAGUGCCAAGAAGGAGGGGUGGGGGGAGGAGCUUUUUUUGAUUGAACAGAAAUUCCUUCAAGUAGAAUUUGAGAAAGGACACUAAUUACAGUCAUCUUAACCCAGGCCAGAACCUAAAUUUAUUGGUUUGCCUAACAGUCUUAUUGUCAUGGCACUGUUUGCUAAGAUGAGCCUUCUUUACAUAAAAAUGAACUCUCAUCUAAUGGUGGAUGAAAAAAGAGAAAUUGCUUUAUCAUAGUUUAAUUUGGCUUGGACUACCAGGGUUCAUGUAUUCCUCCAUUUUUGGUGUGAUCUUUUUCUUCUUUCAAUAAAGUUAUUAAAUAUAUGGCAAAACAUUUUUGUUUCCAAUGAAAAUGCAUGAUACUCAUGUCAUGGAGUCAGGCUUGGGAAAAUCUAUGAAAUAAUAGUUUGCUGAUAAUGAUAUUUUAUUAUGGCUUUGUGUAGACUACAUCCUCAAAGGAGUUUGUGCUUCUUUGCCCAUAGAAGGCUUUUUCUCCCUUUGUAUGCUUUUAUUAAAUCUGUUGAAUUAUAUUAAUAUUUUUUGAAUUUACAGGGCCAAUGAUCUUUUUGGUGGGUUACUUAGAUUAGGCCAUGGGCUCUUCCUGACCUUUCUUUUUCUCGGUCUUUUAAUCAUUUCACGUUUUUAUCUCUCCCUGAGUAAAGUGGCAAGAAAACUAAAAAUGAAAGUUAAAUGGGUUGAUUUGACAAUGUGUCAAGUUCUGAUUUAGAGUUAAUAAGGAAGGUAGAAACAAUUGACCAAAAUAAGAUAUUUGGAUCAGGAUUAUUUAAGCCGUUUAGAUUUGGCCAGAGACGCCAGAUUUAACAAAGGACUGGGUUCUUAUCUUCUUUCAUUCAUGAAUAUAUGCCUUGGGAGGACACUGGUGAUUCCCACAGAAUUAGGCCAAUGAUUUGCCACAUUACCCUUUAAGUUAGCCCAUAAUUCUAUCAGAUCCCGCACCAAGUUUCAGUUCAUGACUCAUACUGAAUAGCAGUUGUAAAUGAUUUUGAAUUGGUCUUCCUACUAAAGUGAAACAUCUUCUUUUAAAUCAAGCCACAUGAAUGAAAUAGCACAAUCAGAAAAAUUGUUUCUUUCUUUUUUUUUUUUUUUUUUUUUGCAUAUCAAACCAAUGGCCUUCUCCACUAAGCCAGCAACUAAAGAUAUUCAGAAAACAAGUUAAUCGAGGUGGGCCGACCUUUUUGAACUGUGAGGAAAUGUUCCUAAGUUUAGAUUUAUUACCUGUCAUUUAGGGCAAAAAUCUAAUGUCUUUUUUAUUUCUUAAUCCUGUAGAACUCUGUAUUUCACAGUAACAAGUACUUAGGGAUCAUUGCUCUGUUAGCCUCUGGGAGAGAUCUUCUAGGGUUUGCCAUUACUUUUUUUCUAUAAUUUUUUUUGUUGUUGUUGUUUUAACUGCAACUGGUUACUUUUCUCAACCAUGGUCCUGACAUGUUUAUACUAUGAUACUUUUGAGACUUCACUAAAGAAUUAAAAGCUGUGAAACAACA